AUGCCACCAAAGAAAGGAGCUGCUGUCAAAGCAACAACUGAAGUUGAUACUGAUCAAAAACAACUUCAAAAAAAACAAGACGAAGAAAAUCAACAACCGACCGAAACCGAAGAAUCAAGUCCAAAGAAAGCUAAUACUAAAGCUGGUCAAUCACGAAAGAAAGCUGAAGCUGAAAAACUUCAACAAGAAGCAUCCGGUUUUAUUGAGCGUACAAAUAAAAAAUCUGAAGCAGGUGAAGAUUCAAUUGAAGAAGAUAAUGAUGAUGAACAACCAUCAAAGAAAAAUAAUAAUACAUCAACAAUGCAAAAAAAUGCUGCAUCAGCUGAAGUAAAAGCAACAACUAAAACUACUGCAGGUCGUGGUGGUAAACGACAACCAGCUAAAAAUAUGCCGAAAACUGAUGAACAAAAUGAAGAAGAUCAAGAAAAUGAAAAAACAGUAACUUCUACUAAAGCUCCAGCUAAGGGUAAAGCUGCAGCACAAAAAAAUAAGAAACCCGAAGAAGAAGAACAAAAAGAUGCUGGUACAGGUGAAGAGGAAGAAGUUGAAAAUGAAGCUGAUUCGCCAAGUAAAAAAACAAAAGGUAAACCUGCUCGUAAACAAGCUCAAAAGAAAACUCCUGCUCCAGAAGUUGAAAAUGAAAAUGAACAAAAUGAUGAAAGUGAUACAAAAAAGAAAACAACAACAACAACAACUGCUAAAAAAGGAAAAGCUCCAGGAUCAUCAAAAAAACAAGCAGCAUCUGUUGAAAAAUCUGAAAUUGAAGAAAUUCCUUUAAAUGAUGAUCUUAAAUUAUCGGAAGAUGAAGAAACAACGGAUGAUAAAUCUAAGGCUGCAACAACAAAAAAAGUACCAACAAAACGAUCAGCACCAGCGGCAGGCAAAAAAACUAAUGCUAAAAAGAAAGGACAAAAUGAAGAACCAUUUGAAGAUCAUACAAAUGAUGAGAAAAAUGAAGAAGUUGAAAAUAAUACUGAAGAUGAAGCUUCAGCAGCUAAACAGAAAAAAGGUCGUGCAGCUGACAAAGCUCCAACGUCAACAAGCAAGGCAAAUAGUCGUGGUUGCAAGAGAACAAAAGCUACUUAA